AUGGAGUUCAUAAAAUCGCGAUUAGGAAAGCUUCCAUUCGUUUUAGAAGAAGAAACCGACCUUGGCAUGGACACGUCUUCAACGUUUAACAGCAAAGAGAAUGAUAGCCUUGUGGAACCAAUGUCGCCUGAAUUCGCAGAUGAAGGCUGGGACCUUGGCUUUUCGAGUCCUUUUAGAGAUUUAAUAUCGGAUGAAUCACCAGUUAAAAGUGACAUUCCUACCACUCCGCCUCUAUCGCCACCUUCGCUCGGAGCGCUUCGUCUGUUCGAUUCUCCACAAACGCCGAAGAGUCUCCUCGAGCGCUCUUCUGCUGUGAACCGCACGAUAGAUUUUAAGAGACCUGUGUCAAGAUUACGCCGAGGAUUACUUAAAGGCCGUGGAUUUGAAAGCGAGCCCCGCACAGGGCCACGAUCUCGACAAGUCACCGCAAACGUAAACCCGUUCACUCCUGAAGCUUCUUCAAUUGGAGCGAAGAGAACGCGAAAUGAAGAUAGAAGGUGGGCAUUUUCUUUGUGGAGUCUUGAGUUUGUCAGCCCUUUAAUCCUAGCUUCAACCUUUAUUUUUUAAAAAAAUUGAUGUCUUACUAGCCUCGACAUUUAUUAUGCAUGCAGCAACUUUACGCGAAAUAGAGUCGAAACAUGUAUGCAUCAUGAUAUAUGGAGCGGAACGUACGGAAAUCUUACCAAAAACAUUCCUUGGAUCUUGAAAUAUUUUUGCGGUUAAAAACAAUCUGUAAAUUCCGUUAAAAUAGCGUGCUUUUUUAAACUCUUCUUUCUUUUAUUUGCAAUAACCAUCAAUUGUGAUGAAGGCCAAUGAAUGGUACAUAGGUAACUCUACCCCCUACCCCUACUUUUUUCUCCCCCACCCCUGCUGGCUUACAUGUAUUUUCACGGGCUCCAGCUGUGUGCAGGACUUCAACAGAGAAUGGUGUACUGAACAAUUUAUUAAUUGUCAACAAUAUUGUUGUAAAUUUUGAAUUAUUAAUAUCUUGAUUUUUACAGAAAUGGUUCCAUUCUAGAAGAUGAUGAUGAAAACGAUGAGAUGGAGGAUGAAAUCUUUGGAAAUCCAGCCAAGGUGACCUUACAGUUCUAAGUAGUUGUUAAGUACAUUAUAAUGUCCAGAGCAGCAACAAGAGCAGAAACAAACCUUAUGUAACAGGAGCUACAUAGUUUUCAAGGUGCAGACAUGCACUAAUUAAAUUAAUCUGAUUAUUGGAAUUGCACAAACAGCUAUUGGUGCAAAAUUCAAACAGCUGUCACAGAAUGUCUGGGUUAAGCAACGACUUUAAAUCAGAAAUAUCAUUAAUACUUUCUUUAUUUCAGUGGAACUUUUCCUUUAUACAGGAGGUUAAAAAAUCUUAUGUCAAGGAAAAUGUUGCGCAGAGACUGAUGUUCUCUGAACAAUAGAGUGUGUUUUUCUUCCUUUUUUUGACCGUUUGGAAACUUAUUGACAACAUGAAUCCAUAUUGACUUCAUGAGGCUGCAUAAAUCUGAAACAUCUGAAGACUGUGGAACCUUGGACUUGAAGCCAACAAAGCCAGCCUGGAAUGUGAGUAUCUUUUAUUAUUGUGUGGGUGAAUUUACCCACAAUUAGUUAAACUGAAGGGUAUGACUAAGACCAUCUUUUUUUGUUUCUGUUUGUAGAAAUUGAACCAGCUGGGAAUGAAUGGCAAGAAAAACUUUUCAAACAACAAACGUUGUCACAUUAUUUUGUUCAAUAAUAAUCAUUUUAGUCUUGUAACUGGAAGUUGCAACUUGGUAACUGCAGAAGGCUGGGAGUAUGCUCUUGCAGCUGGCAGGAAGGGCUUUAUUGGAAUAUCUCCAGUUGGCUUCGAUUUGUUACUGCGUCAGUGGAGUGCUUCAGUUUAAUAUUACUAUGCCUUUAAAAAGUUCCAUUCAGUAGUCUGGGUCAAGUAUAAGCUUACAAUGGUCCGGGGAAAUCAUCCUCCAAGUAGCCUUAGGCAAGCAAAACACCAUAGCUGCUUGCCCAAUGGAAAAGUUGGAAUUCAAGCUCCUUAAAUAAGAUUUAUACUUAAAAGAGGAAAAUGGCAGAUAAAAGCAUCAACUAAAGAAAAUAUGCAAUCAUCAAAAUUUUUAUUUGAGAAAAUUAUUUAACGGGAUAUGCAGUUGUUUUUCAUUACCAUUAUAUUGAAUUAUUCAAUAUAAACAGAGAGAAAAUGUUGGUAAGAGUCUUACAUGAAUGCUUUUUUUUGAAAACAAAACUGUUCUGAAGCUUGAAGCAAACAUUUUUUUCUUCUACAAUAAAUGCUAAGGUAGAGGGAAAAAAAACAAAAAAAAUGGCCUGAUUCAAACUUACAUACUUACUUAGGUCCUUGGUGCCUUUUGCAGCAUAGUCCUUUGAUGAUGCUGCUGCAUUGAAUUUGGCUCUACCACUCUGGGCUGUUCUUACUGCCUCAUUCCAACCGGUUUCCGCGCCUUUUAAUAGACUUGUGUAUUGUCCAGCCUCCAGCUGUUCUUAGGCCGCCCCCUCUUCCAUCAACUUCUCUGGGGUUUCCAGGUCAAAGCCUUGUGUGAUGCUUGAAGUCAGUUUCCUGAGAGUGUGGCCUAUCAAUCCCCUCUUCUACUGCUCAGGAUCCUUUCUAAAUGUUCUUUAAACUGAGAAAAGAGAAAUUAUCUUUGGAUGAAAUAGACAGGCCCACUCCUUUUAUUCAGGUCAACAUUUUGUCAAACCAAAUUGUAAAAUUCUGGACUUGUCAGUGACUGUGGGGCAAAAACCAGGGAAUCACAGCUCCAGUUCCAUGAACAUGAGUCAAGUCAGUAAUAUCAAAAUGGCUUUUGGUAAUACAGUAAAAUUAACAUUGUCAUAUCAUUGAUAACCAAAGCAAUGUCUGAACACUAAUAAUAAAUUAUUGGUAUUAUAAGCUUUAACUUGUCUCAAGGGUUUGCAACAAACAUAUUAUUAAUUUUUAUGGUACACUUGUCUGGUUUGAUGCACAUCUUCAGCUAGAUCAAUGGCUUCUUGAACAGCUACAUUUUCUUCUUCCCGAUCUUACAGUUCAUCUUGAUUGCCACUGCCAGUUGUAGCGGCAUGUUUUACAACAGCCUGCAAACUAGAGUUCAGCGUCUGUUCCACUAAGUGUUAUCAAGGUUGAAUAUGUAAAAAAUAACCAAAAUUAAAAGCAACGAAAACACCAGCAUUGUUUAUACGUUGUAGUUCAUUGUGAAAAGGUCAAAGGAGAACAGAACUUUGUUACACCAGCUCCUAUAAUGGUUAAAUUGAUGGGUUGUGGUUGAUAAUAGAAGCUGAUAGUCUGCAUAUGUUUAACAUCUGAGUGGCAGCUGAUAUGAUGUGGAAGGUGGAACAAUGACUGGAUUGAAGUAGAGAGUGUCACUAAAGUGAUGCUGGUACCAGGUGAGGUGUGUUCAUUAACACCUGUGGGGAACAGAGAGGCAGGCAGGUGUCCCUCUGGCUGCUUAAUGUCUGAUGCCAGUUUUGGUUUUCCCUUUUUCACUUUUGGUAGUUUCUGUUCCACAAGGUUUUAAAAUUAUUGAUUUUGAAUUUUUUCCAACAUGCCCUCCUUCCCUUAUUGUAGUGAUGCAGUCUUAAUUAUCGGCAUGGAUUCCUUCAUUAGCUUGUCGGCUGGAAACUCUAUAGCCUCUUUAUGUUCAAGGGUGACUUUUUCUGUGGAAUGUUGGAUAAAGUGGAUCCUGUAUGGUUCUUCCCGGAUAUUUUGCUCUGUAUAACUGUUUUGUAGUAGUUUAAUCAGUGGCUCCCGCUUCGGGCUCUGUCAAUCAGCUAGGGUUGAUUGGUUACCCAAUCUCCAGAGCUGAAGGCCCAUUCUAAAAGUGCAUGUGAUGACAGUUAAAAACUUAGAAGGAUGAAAUGUAAAAACUAGUCAUGCAGAACCAAUGACACAUAUAACUAUUUAAAUGAGUUGAUAAAAAUGCAAAGCUAAUUAAAAUAGAAAACAAAGUAAUAAUAUUAUGUAUAUUAAAAAUUGUUUACUUAAAAACACAAAAAUUAAUAAAUUAGUUGAUUAAUUACGAAAAUAUUGAAGAGGGUUAUUACAAAGUUGAGCUUUUAUGAAUGUCUGCAAAAAGAUGUAUUUGUCAAUGCCUUCUUGACAAAUGAUGGCAGGUGGUUCAAAAUACGAGAGAUACAUGUAAUAUACAUAAUAUGUUAACAAACUACAAAGGAACUUGCUAUUGGAAGUGACCUGAAAGCUCCAUGUUGGGAGAUAUUUUUAAUAAUUAAUGUUUGAACUUCUUUGUGGGCCUUUAUUCCUUGUCUACUGUUACCUUGAGGCUCUUGAAAUUCUUCAUGGACUAUUGUGAUAACAAAGCAAAAUGUGAGGUGUGUGAGACACGGCUACUCCAACAAUAAUGUAAAUAAUUCUUAAAUAUUACUUUCAUACUUAAAAUAUUAAAAUAAACCAUUUAGAUAAAAAUUGGCUACUGCAAUACACAAGAGGAAAACAAAGCUUAAGUUGAAUAUUUGAUAACUGAAAGUUCCUAGUUAUCCUACUUAUUUUUGAUCUUUAGCAAACAUCAUAACACAAAUAUCUACCUGAAAACAAGUACGAUCAAAAGCCAGAGAAUUGUUUUUGCAGCCAUGAAAAAUGUGACAUCCAUUUCACUCUGGCUGAACCAAGAGUAUAACUUUAUCCUCACACCAUCCUUGCCUUUUUAGCAGGCACUUGGAAAUAAUAUGUGAGAAAGAACGGGGUGCAUGAUGGAAACAUGCGCAAUGGAGACUUGCAAGGUGGGAGGGAGCUCACUCUGCCCUUGUGUGUCUCCCUUGCAUCCGCUGUUCUUUCUGGCGCCUGCUACGCAGGCGACACAAAUCCAAAACUUCAUUGACCUUGUUGAAUUCUUUGACUUGGGCUAUGCUCAGAUAUGCCUCUCUUAAUUUCAGUACGGUGAACACCAAGCUCUUAUGGCAAGGAGAGUGUCUUAUCUCUCAACAGUUUUACCAAUUUAUUGAUGUUGUUUUGUGACCAUUUUUGUCUCUCCUUUCAGUAAGAGAGCUGCAGCAUAUUUAAGGUCAUUGAUCAAUGCUUGCAUCUGUCACAAAGCCAAGGAAUUAGUUUUGCAUCAUGAAAAAUGUGGCAUCCAUUUCACUCUGGCUGAACCAAGAGUAUAACUUUAUCCUCACACCAUGGAUCCUUGCCUUCUUACCAGGCUCUUGGAAAUAUGUUGUGAGAAAGAACGGGGUGCAUGAUGGAAACAUGGGCAAUGGAGACACAUGAGGGGUGAGGGAGCUCCCUCUGCCCUUGUGUGUCUUCCUUGAACCCGCUGUUCUUUCUGGCGCCCAUUAAUACUUUCAGGCAACACAAAUCCAAAACUUCAUUGACCUUGUUGAAUUCUUUGACUUGGGCUAUGCUCAGAUAUGCCUCUCUUAAUUUUAGUAAGACGAACACAAGAGUGUCUUAUCUCUUGACAGUAUAACCAAACAUGGUCUUUUGUGUUAUUGAUGUUGUUUUGUGACCAUUUUUGUCUCUCCUUUCAGUGAGAGAGCUGCAGCAUAUUUAAGGUCAUUGAGCAAUGUUUGCAUCUGUCACAAAACCAAGGAAUUAGUUUUGCAUCAUGAAAAAUGUGACAUCCAUUUCACUCUGGCUGAACCAAGAGUAUAACUUUAUCCUCACACAAUGGAUCCUUGUCUGCUUAGAAGGCGCUUGAAAAUAAUAUGUGAGAAAGAACAGGGUGCAUGAUAUUAACAUGCGCGAUGGAGACACGCGACGGGGUAGGGAACUCCCUCUGCCCUUGUGUGUCUCUCUUGCACCCCCUGUUCUUUCUGGUGUCCAUUAAUACUUUCAGGCGCCUGCUACGUAGGCGACACAAAUCCAAAACUUCAUUAACCUUGUUGGAUUCUUUGACUUGGGCUAUGCUUUGAUAUGUCUCUCUUAAUUUCAGUAAGACAACACUAAGCUCUGAUGGCAAGGAGAGUGUCUUAUCUCUCAACAGUUUUAUCAAACAUGGUCUUUUGUGUUGAUGUUGUUUUGUGACUGUUUUUGUCUCUGCUUUCAGUAAGAUAGCUGCAGCAUAUUUAAGGUCAUUGAGCAAGGCUUGCAUCUUUCACAAAAUCAUCACAGAAUGCAAGGCUGUGCCAAAAAUGUUUUUAUCAGACUGGAAACUUUUAGGAAGAUAACUGAUGACUGCUUAUUAAUAUUUGAGAGUGGAAAUUGUCUCUGAUCUACUUUAAUUUCCCUGUGACCUUGCUCACAUUGAUUCUUGUAUACAAUUUCAAGGACUGUAAAGCACUUGUGUGUUUUUGUCAUAUUGCUUGAUUACUUUUUGUGUGUUAUGUUUCUCAAGUGAUGGGGAAAUCUAUCCAGUGGCAUCAUCGUUAGUUAUCUCUAGGAAGGGGUUUGAAAAAGGUUCUUCAAGUUUGAAAAAAAGAACCUUAAUCAUUAUUAAUAAUAAUAUUAUACAUGCAUGUAAAUACAAAAUAAAAAAAGAAAUAAGUUCCAAGGUCUGCUUUUAAUUAAAAAAGAAGAAAAAUCUUUCUUUAAUUGAGUUACAUACUAGGUUAUAAUUUUAAUAAUAGUAAUCAUGAUGAUUAUGAUGAUGGUGAUAAUGAAUAAUUUAGAGCAUAAUACAUGUACAACAGCUUACUACAUGUACAAUAAAACACUGAAACAAUGAUAACUUACGCUAAAAAACAAUAGUAGAGUUCAGAAACUAUUUAAACCACUUCUUGGAAAGAGAUGCUUAAUAGCUAAGCUUGUGAAAUGAAUGUCUUGUAUCAGUGUCUGAAAUUGUGACCAGCUAGUUGCCAAUGUGCCUAGAAAUUGAGAGCUGGUGACCAAAAAUUCAAGGCUAGUUUCUAGUAGGCGACUAAAAAAGUUUGCAGCAGCAGUUCUAGAAUCGGAGGAUUUCUGUUUUUGUUCAAAGUCGACUUAUGUUUCAUCCUGCCAACAUCACACAACAGUUAUUUGGGUGUUUUAAAAUGUCUCGUGUUCAGAACAGUUGAAUGGCUGUUUUUAAGUGGCCAUCAUUAUGCAUAUUUGUUUAUAUCGUUAAAGAAAAGGAAAAAAUUCAUUUCUGGGGAUGAAAGGAUGCCAAGUCUGUAUCAAAAAGUUCAUUUUGGACCCUGUGUAUGUGUAUAUUAAGAUGUGCAGCACUUCAUCACGCAAGGAUUGUUUGUGUGCUGUCUUGGUGGGAAAUAUCUAAUCAAUUAUUGCAAAAAACAAACAAACAGUGGAUCAUAACAAAUAAAAAUAUUCAAACUUAUACAUACUAGUUAGUUAUAUGCCAGCAGAUUACUAAACUGUUAGUUGUGUACGCAAUGCAUGAUUUCCACGUGUAAUUCAAUGCUGAACUGUGUCUCGUGAAACAGUGUGUCUCAGUAACUGUUAUCAUAGCCUGUUCCAAGCGUUCAGAUAGUGGAGAGCGGUGCGGAGUAAAGAAAGCGAUAAAAAGUAAAGGGGGACUGGGGAGAGAGGUGCACCUCACCUCUCCUCCUCCCUCGCUUUUAUUUUUUCACUCUCCUUUUCACUUCGCACCGCUCGGAGGACUAGAUAGUGGGGAGCCUCCCCACUAUCUUAACGCCUGGAACAGGCUACUGUUAUCAGCAUCAUCCAUGAUUUGGCUGAAAACAUUUACCUCAAAUUUAAUAAUGUUCAUUAUUCCAGAUAUCACUAAUACCUCAUCCUCUGAUUUUUUGUGGCUGGGCAACAUAUUCCAUGCAAAUCUGUUGUCUUUGUUUUAAUUGCUCCUACUCAUCUAGAGUGCGUCUGAUUUUAAAUAACUUAGCCAGACUUUUGGUGGCUCCUAUAUGGAUGGUUCUUUUUUUUUUUACUUUUUUUUUUCUCUCUUACAGAGACUUGCACUACGUGAGAGCAAUAUCUCUCGCUACAAUGCUGAAUUUGUUGAAAUCAGCACAAUAGGAUCUGGCCAGUUUGGUUCUGUUCAUAAAUGUGUCAAUAGAUUAGGUAAGUGUUUCCUUGUUUGUUGUAGACUAUCUAGAGUUAUGGUACAGUUCCUCUCUUGAUCUUCUUGGUGGUAGCUCUCUCAAAACUUCCUUGACGAAACCAGUAUAUUGUGAGUUGUAGAUGUAGACUGAAUGUACUUUAUUUGCCUAAAUAAAGGAGGCAUUAAAUUGAUUUAAACAUUUAUGAUUACCUAGGUCAGUCUUGAUUUCCCUAGUGUUUCUGGUGUUGAAGAGGUUAUUUUUGUGCCUCAAAGAGCAGCAUGCCAAGAAAGUCACUUAUUUUAUUAUCUGUCUGUCAGAAGUAGGCAUUGUUAUAAACAACUCAGUUAAAAUUUAGUUCUUAUGAAUUUGUGGUUGUUUUUUCAGAUGGAUGCGUAUAUGCUUUAAAGCGAUCACUCAAGCCAGUAGCAGGCUCAGUUGAUGAGUAAGUCUAAGGGGCCAACCAUUUGAUUUUUGAAGUGGACAGGAGAUUGGGGGGGGGGGGGGGGUGUUACAUGUGUCUUCGGAAAAAAUACAGGGCUAGCAGUUUUAAGAUUUCAAGUUGCAAUUGUAAAUUGAAAUUCAACAAGAAGGCAGGGAAUCAAACAGCAAGGGAUUUAUUUUGUUUCUAUUUUUCUCCUGGUUGUUUUUUUUAAUGUUGCCAGUGGGGGGUGGGGGGAGGGGAGGUGGUUACCUUUAUAGUACAAUGUAGCCAUAGGAAAUCCCUAUCUCCCAGUGAAAAUAUCUUGCACUUGGACCCCAAAAAUUCUUGGCUAUUUAAAUGUACACCAAAAAUUAGGAGAAAUGGUCUGAUAAAUCUAAUCUUGCCCAAACCCACCUUAUCCCCUCCCCCUCAAAAGUAAAAUCAUUGAUCCCUUGCAAUUUUUAAAAGAAAAAAAUCUGCACCUUGUUUUAUUGGAUUAAUGUAAGAAAACAGAAUCUUGUAAUAAAUGUCCUAGAUGGUUAUGUAAGAUACAUUCCAGUAAUUUUUUGGUGGACCUUGGUAUAGCUUCUCAAUCAUCCAGCAGUCCCGUUCUUAGAUGAUUUUUUUUUUCAGCCUCAUGGCCACAUCAGUGUUAUACAUAAUGCUGAUUGCUUUUUUUUUUAGGCAAAAUGCCAUGCGUGAGGUGUAUGCCCAUGCUGUCCUUGGAAAAAACCCUCACGUCGUACGUUAUUACUCUGCAUGGGCAGAAGAUGGACACAUGUUAAUACAAAAUGAAUACUGUGAAGGUGUGUGUACAUUUCAUUUUUAUUUGUUAAUCUAUCAUUGUUACAAGUGAAUACGUACUGAUAUUAUUGAUUGUUGCAAAUUUCAUUUUCUUGUUUACACUAAAAGACUAGAUGUUACAGUAACAAAAAAAUUUAAAUUGGUGUAAUUAUUUAAAUGUGGGGUCAGCUGGAUAAAAAUUUUACAAGUGUAAUUUACAAGUGUUAAUUUUGUUUUAGAGUUUAGAAACAAUAGAGACCCUUGUUAGACCUUGGACGUACAUGCAAAGUCAUACCCCUACUGUGGUAUAAGGGGGUUGGUUGGUGGACCCCCCCCCCCCCCCCCCCCCCCCUGUGUUUUUUUUUUGAUUUUUCUCAAGACACUCUUUUUCUUUGUGUAGGACUUUUUUUUUUCUUUUCUCUGUUUUUUGUGGUGUUAUUUUGUUUGUGUGGGGGCUUGGGGGGUGUGUGUGCGAGAACCAACACAUAAAAAUUUUUACAAUUUUAUUUUAAAUUGUUUAUUUUUUUUUUAGAUUUAAAAAAAAAAGAAACCCUUUUUUGACCCUGGGGGGCCAACCAAAAUACAACCCCCCUUUUGGUAAAAGGGGGGUGGUGGGGGGGCCCCCCCCCCCCCCCCCCUUGAGUUUUUGAUAUGUUGCAGUAUUUCGAAACAAUUUUGCCUUCAGUGGAAAGCCUUUGCUCUUCUCUACGAUGAUUUACGAGGUAUAUUUUAUGGGUGGUGGCACUGCUGGAGGUCUGUGACAUCACCAAACAUGGUCGCCAUCUAGAGUAAGAACAGUAAGAAUAAAUACUUUUUUGCACUUAACACGUAAAACAACACAUAAAUAAUUCCUUGCAUCAUUUUCUCCACAAAUUUUACUUUUAUUCCUGAAAAACCUUGGCCACCUGCUACUUAUGACAUCAUUUCUCAUAACCAUAGAAACUGACCAUCACUAAACGUGUCUCAACAUGCGCGCAAGGGAUAAACAAACAGCUACAGAAAUCUUCAGGUGCUGAUGUUUUAUUGCUGAGGAAAAAAAUCAGGGGGGUGGCAACCAUCCCACCUUGUACGUCCGAGGGUUAAUAUUGAUAAUAGUAGUAAACGCUGAAUUGGCCAUUGGUUUUUUAGUGAUAUUUUAGUCUUAAUAUGAUUACUGAUGUAAAGUCAUAUUGUUUUUUUCUCCGUUUCAGGGGGAAGUCUCGCUGACUUAAUAGAAAAGAAUAAAUCAGCAGAGGAUGUUAUGGGAGAGAGUGAACUCAAACAGCUUUUAAUACAAGUUGCUCAGGUAUCAUAAUUUUUUAAUGACAAUAUUUGACUUCUCUACUAGUGAUUGGCCAGUAGACUUUGCUGUAUAAUGAAUUUGCCUUUGUCUCGGUUAUCAGCCCUUGGUCUGUGAGAAUAGUACAAGACUAGUAAAGUAUGUUUUUGUAAAACUGCCCACCCUCCCCUCCCCUAAGCCAACAUUUUGCCCUAAGUGAGAAGCAAGUUUUAAUGUUGACUCAGGGGAGGGGUAAAUGGGCAGAUUCCAAGAAACAUAUAAUGAUCCCUUACUGUGGGCCUGUAGACCAUCUCAUUGCUGUGACCUUACCCUCUUCUCUAGGGGAGGUUUUUUUCAUAGUAAUUGCCAUGGUCCUAGACUUCUCCUACCCUUUAAUUUCAAUACAGUUUUCUUUUCAUGUAAGGUGCAGGGCUGAAAAUAAUGGCCAGUCAACGGACAAUGUCCGGCCUGAUCAUGAGUUCAGACACCCCUGUACGAUGAUACUCAAGAUAGAAAGGACAUUAAACACGCAAAAACUUUAGAAAGGAACUCUAAAACGUGUGAAUGCAUUUUUCACCAACUUGCUGUCAAGAAUGUGAACGUCAAUGUAGUAAUAACUAUCUAUUGCCAGUGUAAUUCGAUAUUCCUGAGGGAAAAAAAUUAUAGUAUUCAUUAUUUGACCGGCCAGAAUCGGGGUUUGUCUGGGCUAAAAAAUGUUUAGCUGGUCAUCUUGACUGGCGACCUGCUGACUGUUAUUUUUAGCCCUGAGGUGCGAAAGAAACUUAACUUUAAUUCAGUAUUUUUUCCUCUUUCAAAAUUAAAAACAGGGAUUAAAGUACAUCCAUUCAUUGGGUCUGGUUCAUAUGGAUAUUAAACCUGGUAAGUUAUAGCACAAUGAAUGGGCAUUUUUUUAAAGUGUUAUCUAGCAACGUAAAAACUUAGUUACAGACAUUUUGUACAUUCUCAUACUUUUUUUUGGCAGGAAAUAUCUUUAUUAGCUAUAAUACUAAUUUGGAGGAAUGCCAGCACAGUGGCGAUGAAGGAUUUGAUGAAAACGAUACUCCUGGACUACGAAAAAGAGCGCCAAUUUACAAAAUAGGUACAUUGCACUUAACUCUUACCAAAAAAUUAAAGGGACAGGUUCACGGUUCAGCGCAUGCUCAUAUAUCAAAAUGCUGUUUUUCUGCCGGGACAUGCUGUAUUGUCUAUGCAAGCAAUAGGAUCAUGUCAUAUAAAUGUUGUCAAAGAACCAAUCUCACACUCCCCUGGCAGUCACUUGCACUUGAUCAACUUAAAUAUUUGCGAAAAGCUGGAAAUUAAUCAACCAUGGAAUAAUACCAUCGGGUCAACAAUAAAUUCAACGUUGUUAGUGUUGGCAUAAUCCACAAUUUUUUUUGGCAAUUUUAGUACUCCUCCGUUCUACUUCAGGUUACUCUCAAUUCUACUUUGAAAUACACUCUGGAAGGAAGAUGACAUUUUGCAAUCCCACCUCUCCAUGAAACAUCAUGAGUGCAGAAAUUCCAUACUGGUGACAAGUCACUACCCAAAUCUGGGGAGUUCUUUUGAUCGGUUGUGGUGUGAGGGAAAUUUGCCUUGAGCAAUCUGAAGUACAACCCAGAUCUGGAAAGUAAAACUUCAUUAGUAUGGAUUUUCUGCAGUUGCUCCCCAGAUGUCAUCCAGACGAAAACCAGUAAUGGCGUCAUGAAAUGUCAGCUUUUUCUCUGGCCAUCAUCUUUGAUUAGUUGCUUACAAGAGUGUUCAUUGUUUGUUGUGUGUAAGUUCACUGUUUUAUUAUUGCAGUGCCAUCUCAAGAUUCUCAAGCUCAUAAUCUCAAUUUUUAUAGGUGACUUAGGACAUGUGACGUCAGUAACUAGUCCACAAGUAGAAGAAGGAGACUGCAGAUUUUUACCCGAUGAAAUACUGCAAGAGGUGAGAGAACAGCCUGUUAUUUUUGCAUCAUUUUAAGUGAAAUUUAUAUGGCCCUCACUCAGUCUGCGGGCAGUUUUAAAGUGAAUCUUUAUUAGCUGUCACUCUCAGUUGAGUGUUAAGAUUUGAAUUCAGAUUUGAUGCUCAUCCUAUGCUAGGUCAUCUUUCUCCUGCUUUGAACAACCUUGCCUUGCAAAACAAACCCUCCUGUAAAAUAAGAGUAAACUGUUGAGCUGGUUUUUACACUGAAUCUACCUGCAUUUGUGUAUGGCAGUUAAUGGUCUGUAACUCUUUUCUUUUGGGGCAAAGAGAGGUGCACACAGAAUUAACCCUUUGAGGUGAUUGUUGUAAGGGAUACUUUGUCCUGUCUCUUUGUUUUCUAAAUUACUCAUACCUUGGUCAAACCUUAUCAACAGUCAGCAGUGUGCAAAUAAAUUCGUGCCCAAUAGCCUGGGGCUCGUGGAUUUUGCUAUCGGGCCAAUGAUUUUUGUUCUUAACUUGCCCGACGGGCAAAUACUGUUUUUUGGGGAAAUUCAAAUUAGAGAAGGAUUGUAAUCAAUCCUGCCAAUAAAAAAGGGUUUUGAGGCUGGUUGAAAUGACUUUGGACUGGUACAUGUUAGCUACAGCUUGCUCGAAUGGUAGGCUGUAAAACUGACUUUCUUUGCACGCUGAGUCAGCCUCUGUUAAACGACUAGUGUGACCAUUUCCCAGUUUGACUCACUAUGCAUUGUUUAAGCAUUAAUUAAAAUUAACAAAACCUGGAUUUGACCAUCCUCGGAGACCCAGGGGCAGUUAGUCGGGUCGAUAAAAUGUUCGUGGUCACCCUUCUGGCUAAAACCUUGUAUAGAAGUCACAACUAAUUUCUGCUGUUUGAAAUGUUUUACUACACUUCAGGACUACUCUUCAUUACCAAAAGCUGACAUUUUUGCGCUAGCGUUAACAAUAUAUUUGGCUGUAAGUAUCAUUAAAUAUCAGUCUUGUGAUAUAAAAGCAAGGUACUUCUUUUACUAUAUUUUUGUAACAUCUUGGCAUUUUAAUACUGUUUCUACUGACUUAAAAAUCUACCGUUAGAGGUUUUAAGUAAAUCAUUAGGGAUUUAGCUGUACUCAAGAUAGGAAACUCUGCCUCUGGCACCAUUGGUUUGAUGUUCACUAGAUCAUGAGGCCUGUGCUUCUACUCCAACUCCUUUGUAAGGUCCUUCAACUCUCCAAUGAAAAGGAAAUUCUGGAUCAAACUAGGUUGAAGACAGUCCAUUAAAACAGUAAUUUUCACUGGACAGGCAGAAGGGCUCGUUGGAAAAGAAAAAAAAAAUUGAGUGAUGUUCUUCACUGCUUCUAGAUAGGCCAAAUUCCGAAAAAAAAAAGAUAAAUGUCCACCAGAAUACAACUUCUUUAUAACUUGUAUUGUUGAUUUAAAGACUAUGUUGUUUUUCAAGAAUUAAGACAACAUGUGACUUGAUGUUUUUUGGUCUUUUAAGGGAGGAGGACCAGACCUUCCUAAGAAUGGUGAAGAAUGGCAUGAAAUCAGGUUAGGCAGGAGGGAAGUGUACUGAUUUUUUUCCCCUGCAUUUAGAACCCAACAAAUUAUGGCAUUCACCCGGGCAAUUAUGCUUCACGUACUUUCUGACAAAUUAUGUCAUGUCUGUAAUAUCUGCAAUGUCUAUUUGUCCUUUUUGGCUGGUUAUUGAGUUUUUUCCCUAUAGUUUUCAUUUUGCGCCCAUCACAGUACACAUUACAAAACUGACUUUCUUUUCACCCUGACAAUAAUGUAGGUGUGUGCAAUAUAGCUGUAUGAAAAUACCAGCAAUUACAUUAACUCUUUCUGUCCAGUGUCAUACACAUACUUAUUAUUAUUCUUUCAUUGUUUCGCAGGAGAGGUCAUCUUAAAACUCUGGGCCAUAUCUCACUUGAAAUGAACUCACUUUUGAAGGUUAGUGUUAUAGUACUUUUCUUUAUUUUAUACAAUCAGUGAAAAAACAAGUUUAUGAAUAAUGAGGCCCAGAUUUGUAAGGGGCUUGAACAAUAUAAAAGCAACAGCAAAAAAAUUGCCACCUAGAAAGUGAAUUUACUUUCUUUCAUUUUUACUGAAGCUGAACUGUUUGAGACUGUGUAAAAGUGCAGGAUGUAUUCACAACCUCCCUAGAAAUUAAAAUGGCAAAAGGAAAUAAAGUCAUUGUAAACUGACAGCAAAGAAAUGUAUCAAAUGUGUGUUUUGGUUAUUGAUCUCAUUGCUCUUUGGACAAUGUUGUUGCCGUUCUCAUCAUGCUACCAGUUGCCACUUAAGCCUAGGUUUUAACAUGUUUUCUACAACUUUUAAGCAACUUUUAUCAAGGCUCCUAUAUUAUGUAGAAUCCAACAAAAACAAAGAUUUCUCAAAGAAAAAGAUUUGCCAGUUGAAAGGCACCAUUUAAUUUCCAGUCCUUUUGAACUGCAUGGCUUCCAUGCUUGUUUGUGUCUCUGUAACCUGAUAGCUGCUGUAAAUUUUUCCAGCUGAUGAUUGACCCUGAAACAAGUAAGCGGCCCUCUGCCACAACCCUCACACAACACCCAGUGCUUUGUCCUCUUGCAGCAAAAUCUAAGGUAUGCGUUAGAACCAUUUAUACUCAAUGUCGAGACAAGAACUAAUUCUAGUAACAUUAAUUUAAUAACUUCAUUUAAUUACAAUAAGAUUACAGUCAACUCUUUCUAAGUUGGACACCUUUGGGGCCGGUACUAACUGUCCUUCUUAAAGAGAUGUCCGUCUUAUAGAGAGUCAAAUAAAGGGAGUAAAGAAAGGCAGGGACCAACUCUAGGUGUCCAUCUUAUAGAGGUGUCUGUUAAGAGAGAGUCAACUGUAUGGUUUUAAAGCUAAACUGCUUGUGGGGUUGUGUCAAAAAUGAAAUAAGUUAUGUAAAAUGACAUUAAUUAAAGCAGCAUUUUGUAAAAUGUUAUCAGUAUUAGAAGAAAAAUCAUGUCUGCAUCAGUAAGUGACCAGUCUCUUAUAAAAACCAAUAAAUUGCUGACUUGUACAAUUUUCUUUCAAACCAGAUAAUUUUUGUUUUGCCUAUUCCUAGAGCCAUUAUCAGAACCUGAGAGAAAGGAAAGCAAAAAUAUAAGCAGUUUUACAACUUUUAAACCAAAGGAGAAUGUAAAUAAAAAUACAAUGUUAGUCUGAGCAAGUGAAAGUCUGCUGUUCAUAUUUUUGCCUGAAAUUAUUCAUAUUAAUUUAAUUUAUUGUAAUGGUGAAAAAAUAAAAAAAUAGUGAUGGUGUUUUUUUUUUUUUUCGCCAUUACAAUAAUCAGCGUGCAAAGAAAGUACUGUCCGAUAGCCCGGGGCUAGUGGAUUUUGCUAUCGGGCCAGUGAAUUCUGUUUUUAACUUCUUUGACGGGCAAGUGAUGUUUUAUGAGGAAUUUGAAUAACAGAAGAACAAAAAUCUUUUGGGGCUAGUUGGAAUGACGUCUGGGCUGGUAAAUACUAGCUUUAGCUUGCCCGAAGGGCAAGCUGUAAAAAUGAUUUUCUUUGCACCCUGAUAAUAUAAUAUUGUUGUGUCAUAAAAUUUUCCAAUGUUGGAAUUCAUUUCACUCUUCUGGCAUUUUCUUUGCAGGCCCAGCUAAGGAAAGAACUGAAUGCAGAAAAGUUCAAGAAUGAAGUCCUUUCAAGGUAGAGUAAUCAAGAUUCUGAAAAUUACAAGAGUCGCAACUGUAGUCACAACACAUAACCCACUGUAUGUGAAUUCUCAGGCUAAUAAUAUAAAUUGUAAGAAGAUGGAAAGUGAAAAGUGAAUUAUAUGAAUUUCAUAUAAUUUAUUCAUUAUUUCAUCUUUAUCUUUUCUGGAUAUAUUACGAACCAAUUACCGUAUUUAUUCGAUUAACCACCCUGGGCGCUUACUAAAUAUUUGGACCUUGAGAAUGGGCACUUAUUCAAGGCUGGGCGCUUAUUUACUAUUCCUGCCUUUAGCAUGGGCGCUUAUUUGAGGUGGGCACUAAUUCCAGGUUGGGCGCUUAUUCGAAUAAAUGUGGUAAAUGACCAGUUCCCGGUUGGCUUGCUAGCUCAAUAGUUAUAGUGUUGCACCCAUAUCCCAGAGAUCAUGGAUUGACUCCUGGUAAGCCGGGGGGGGGGGGGGGGGGGGGGACACGCCGCAAAAAGUUGUUUUUUUAACAAGGUGGUUUUUUUUUCAUUUUAAACCCUUUUCCCUCUAAAACGGGAAACUAGAAGGGGAAAGAAAAACCAAAAACACCCUACAAACCCCAAAAAUGGACUUGGGGAAAAAACGCCCACAUUACAAAAAAAAAAGAAAAAAAAAAAAAAGAACCAAGACUAUUCUCUCUUUUUGUUUAUUCUGUUUUGUGGUGUGUGGGUUUUUUGUUGUUGUCUCGCUUGGGGUGUGGGGGGUUGGGGUGUGUGUAGUUAAGCUGGUUGGUUUGGUUUUAGUGUUAAUGUGUGGAUUGUUUCUGUUUUGUUUGUUUUGUUUUUUAUUUAGUGUUUUUGGGGGUACGCCCAGGGGGGGGUGAGUGUGGGGUGGGGGGGGGGGGGGGGGGGGGGGGGGGGGGGGGGGGGCACAGCUGCAUAAGUUGUAUCUUUAACUACGUUGAUCUUCUUUGCAUUUACAACCUUUUCCCUCUCUAACAGGGAACUAGAAGAGGCAAGAGAAAACCAAAACAACCUUCCAAGACCCAAAAUUGGACUUGGGACUCAAUGCCGCAAUUCUAGAAUAAUAGGACAAAAAGUAAACAGAAGCAUGAGCUUAAGCGUGCUCAUGUGAAUUCUGAAGUUUUAUCAUUUUAUUCUUGUAAAUAGCGGAUCAACAAUUGAUGUUUCUUGACAUUUGAACACCUACCCCUCCCCUAAGUCAACAUUAACACUAACUUUUCACUUGGAGCAAAAUUGUGACUAAGGGGAGGGGUAGGUGGUUAGUUACUCACAAACCUCAAUUGAUCCUAAAUAGCUGCUAUUUCCAUAUUCAGAUUGGUUUUGGCAAUAUAUUUUUAAAUAUAAGCACAACUUUCAUUGUCUUAUUGGAUGCUUCCCAUCAUUUGGCAACAUCUUUAAACCGUUGGGGAGAUAUUCAUUUUUUAAAGGCUUUUUAAUAAAAUAUUAAUAACUAUUGUUAGUUUUGACAA